CAGUCGUUAUUUCUUCUAUAAGUUAUAGAUACUUCAUUAGAAAAUAUUUUAUUUGUUAUUGUUUCUUAGUCAAAUUAAUUUAAUGUAAAUAAUGGCAGAGCAAAAUGAACCUCAAAGACCUGGAGAAGCUGCAUUGCAAAAUAUGAAAUUACUGAAGGCAGAAAGCACAGUGUUCAAAAUUCCAAAAGUUCCCAAAAAGAAAAACACGAAAAAGACUCAUGUUUUGGAUGAAGAUCUUUACGUGGAGAGAAUGUCAAAGAUUAUACAAAGAGAUUUCUUCCCUGACUUAGAAAAGUUAAAAGCACAAAAUGAAUUUUUAGAAGCUACAGAAAAUAAAGAUUAUGCAAGAUUACGAGAAAUAACUAGAAAAUAUAGUGGUAAUAGACUUCCUACAGAACCUUAUAAUUCUCCAGCUACAUUUGAUACACCUGGCUUGGAUCGACCAUACUCACCAUCAACAGCAACAGUACGAGAAAAUAGCACAGCAUCUGAGCAGGAAUCUAAUAAUAAAGAAAAAGUAAAGGAUAUUACGGACAACCAUACAUUAGAUUCCUUUUUAUCAUCAUACACAAGUGAAGACAAUGUGAGCUAUGAGCGUGUGAUAGCAUUAGAAAAUAAAAAGAAAGCUAAGAAAUUAGCAUCUCAGUUUGAAUCUGAAGAGACAUCAGCUGCACUUGCAGACGCCGCACUAGCGCUACCCUCAAUAGAACAACAGGCGGAUCAGACAAACAGACCUAAAGAGUUGGACACAUGGCGUUACAAGGCGAAGAAUUACAUAAUGUAUGUGCCAGACGGUGCUGAAGGGCAGCAGCCUCCCGCCAAACCUGAGCUGAUACAUCAGAACACGAGGCUCCGCGCUGAACCCUUCGACCACGCCAAGAACAAGGAGGCUAUCACUGCUAUUGCCAAGAGCCAGGGUACAAUAGUGACGGGCAAGAUAGGCGUAGACGGAGUGAGUAUAUCAUCGGAAAAGUCAAGUGGGGAGUACUCGUACGUGGCGACGCCAUCUCCGCGGCCGGGCGAGGGGCCUGACCAGUCGCCACUCAUGACCUGGGGAGAGAUAGAGGGUACGCCCUUCAGACUUGACGGCGGAGACACGCCGUUACCUGCCGUGGGCGCAGGCGCAGCGUACCGCAUGCUGGAGGGCGGGUCGCGCGAGCGGCUGGCGCUGCAGCUGGCCGAGCAGGCGGCGCGCCGCCGCCGCCCCGCCACGCCGCGCGUGCGCACGCCCGCGCCGCACACGCCCAGUUUCAGAACAAAUACUGAACGUUUUGCUAGUAUGUCGCCGGCUGCCAGAAAACUAGCAGCAAAACAUCUUUUGUCCCCUCGACUAAAGUUGACACCACACGACAUGGGCAUCUCCCACGCGACACCUAAACUCGCACGGACACCUCGCAGCCUCCUAGUGGCAACCCCGAAAAAUAAGAAGACUCCACAGCGACCACCCGUUUCCGAGGGCCAAGAGAACACGAAUACCAUAGAGAACAACUUGACAGAUAACCUAUUACAAAUAAAUGUUGCGAAGCGAACCAGAUUAAAAGCUCAAGAUUUUUUUCAAUAAAAUUAUUUGAAAUAAAUUUAAUUAAUAUAAAA